CGCUGGGAGAAAUCACAAUACAAUUGACUUGGGUAUUAGGAUCUUUGAUGUAACAGACCAUAUAAAGUUCCCCAUUCCCUCACCAAUUCCCUGUGAAGCUCGGCACCAGUUUCUGCAUUGUCUUACAGAAUGGCUGGAGAACAUGCCUACGAUGAUUUUGAGAACUUCAAUCUUGACAAUGAACAAAAACAGCAACGGACUAAGUGGAUUCCAGGUAGCCGAUUUAAGUCAGUCUUCUCCGGAAUGGGGUUGUUGCUCCUAAUCUUCAUCCUUCUGUGUGUUAUCCUUAUUCUUCUGAUCACUGGAGUCAUUAAAUGUUCAGAGACCAAUGAGACAGUGGAGGAGUUUCAGUCGCAGGUCCAGAUGCAGGUCUCUCACGCACUGAAUAAUGUUUCAGACAAAUCAGAACUGAAGGAACUCGAGCUGCGUAUUCGAAAUGAAGUGACACAGUUGGGUGAAAGAGUUUUGGCAGAGUUAACAAAGAACACCGUUAAUUUAAUCAACUCCGUGACCAGCAAACUGGAAAUGUUACCAGAACCUGCGUGUCAGAACCUUCAGUGCCCUCGCCAUUGGAUACACUUCAAUGACAGCUGUUACUACUAUUCAACUGAAAAAGCCUCCUGGAACUCGAGCAGUUUGUACUGUUCCCUCCGCGGGGCCCACCUUCUGGUCGUUAACAGUGUUUAUGAGCAGCAUUUUGCUACCCUGGAAACACAGUCCAAGAGAUUCUGGAUUGGCCUGAGCGAUCACAUUGGUAAGAAUAAAUGGCAAUGGGUCGAUGGCACAGAUUACAACACAACACCAAAAUUCUGGAUGCCGGGAGAACCAAACAGCCAUCUUGAAGGCUGUGCUCACCUGUGGAUGGAUGGGUUGUGGAACGAUGCCCCAUGUACUGUGGAAGAUUACUUCAUCUGUGAAAUUGAGGCCCAGCAUUAAGCAUGUUGCCAAGUCUGGUGCACUGUGGCUAUUGAGCAUUUGGAAUGUGAAAGCACUAACUACUUUGUACCUCUCUGCUCAGCUCUAUUUGCAUUUAUAUAGCACCUUUCAUCACUCCCCGAUAUUGCAAAGCUCACAGCCAGUGAAGCACUUCUGAAAUGUAGUCACUGUUGUAAUGUAAGAAAUGUGGCAGCCAAUUUACAUACAGCAAGCUCCCACAAACAGCAAUGUGAUAAAUGUACAGAUAAUCUGUUUUUGCAAUGUUGAUUAAUGGUUAAGUAUUGGCCAAGGACACCCAGGAGAGCUCCCCUGCUCCUCUUUGAAAUAGUGGCGUGGAAUCUUUGAGAUUUUACACUGAAGUCACAGCACCUGAUCAGGAGACUCCACCCAUAUCCCCGCCCUGUCUAUCACACAGAAAUUCAACCUGAAUGUGCUUCACAUUGUUGUGGGUCCCAUCCCAUCAUUGACUAUAUUCAUCUUUCGUCUGCAUUACAGCAACAGCGUGGCACAGCAAGGCAACGUUAGCAGGGUGACCGGGAAAGAGCAGGAGGGAUAUGAGACUAGUUAAAUAGCCCUUUCAAAUAGCUGGCACAGGCAUGGUGGGUGAAUGACCCCUUUCUGUUGCUGAAUGAUUUUAUGAUUCUUUUUAUUUUGUGUUCUGACAAGUUUUGUAAAGCUUCGCUCAACAUUUAUGAUGUGAAACUUCUGAAUAAAGUAAAAGUUUUGGAGUUC